GCUUGCCUGCCGCCAUCCUCAAGCCCUUACGACCGUCCCGAGCUCCUCUACUUCCCUUAAUCCUCGUUGUCGACGCGUGGACUUUGAUAGUCGGUCUCGGUAUGUUACAUUUGAACAAGUUAUUCGAGGAGAGUCUCAUCCCGUCCACAAUGUUAACGUCACAGUCCUACUUUACUACCUACCGGAAACCGCUUCCGCGAGUAUUCUCCUGGGCAUUUCGUAACCCUUCAAAGACUAGGCUAGGUUCUGCUCCGAGGAAUAGACUACUGGACGUUACCUCAAGUAAUUCUUCGUCGGAUACCAUGGCCUCGGUUGAUACCCCGCACACAAAUGGCACAACAAACGGCGUGCAUGAUGGUCCUGCUGAACCGGCAAUCACGACAGCGUCCACAUUCGACCCCGAGAUAUUUCGAUCAUAUCUUCUGGCUUUACUCCCACCUCUCCUAGGUGCCGCACCGACUGAUUUGGAGUAUGUUUUUGAUGACGAGUUUAAUGAACGCGUCCAACGGUUCGCGAGCGAGGGUGGCGGAGCAAUAUAUGUAGUAAAGAAGAAAGAGGAAUCCGAAGACGAGUCGAAUCCUACCUAUACUUAUUCUCUCACCCAACAUCUAAGCUAUCACCCGACUCAUGUAACAACCCUCGCUAUUCUAAAGCGAGCAGCAACACUGGAUCCUACUGCACCACUUGCUAGUCAACUGCAUAUACUCAACUUGUUUGGUGGCGACGAAACCCCGUAUGAGAGUUUGCAUGCAGUUGUCAGUGGUGCAGUGAAACCCUGGUUCGAAGCAUUUGUUGGUUCGCGGGGACAAGGAAAGGAAGGCGAUGCAAAAAUGGGUAUUCCAAUGACCAAGAAGAAAUUUGCCGAACUGGAGUUGUCUCUUCUUCAUUUGCAACAAAACGUAGAAAUACCCGAAACGCACCUCAUCAUUCACCCUGUCAUCCAACGUGCAGUAGAGGAAGCUCACGCUCAAGGCAAACGACCAAGCAUAUCUGACAUUCCCCCAAAGCUACUCAACGAUAGUUCCUUCCUCAAUACGCUACACAGCCAUGUGAAUCAAUGGAUCAAGUCCAUUCAAACGGUCACCAAACUAGGCCGAGAGGUUUCCUCCGGCACUGCUUCUCAAGAGAUAAACUUUUGGCUGAGUUGGGAGAAGGCAUUGGAAGCUAUCGAGGCGCAGUUGAGGAGCGAAGAAGUCAAUAUGGUGAUGGAUUGCUUGAGGAACGCUAAACGGUUCCACGCGACAGUCAGUUUCAUUGCUGACACUGGUCUCAAGGACGCAACAGACAAAGCACACAAGUACAACCAGCUCAUGAAGGACUUCCCAUUGAACGAGUUGCUCUCUGCCACAGAUCUCGACAAGAUCCAAGAGGCUCUUAUCCUCAUUUUCGGUCAUAUUAACCGUAAAUUGAAGCUUUCACCUUAUCCCAUCCGCCGAGCCCUCCCUCUCGUUGAAGCGAUUUCCCGAGACCUUAAUGACCAACUAAUCCGUGUACUCACAACCCACCGGCUGCUUUACACACCGUAUGAGACAUUCGAACGUCUUAUGGGCCAAACGAUGGGUAUUUUCCGGACGUGGGACGAGCACAUCAAGGAGUUCACCAAUGUUGCUCGUGAAGUUACCAGAAAGCGUCAGGAGAGGUUCAUUCCGAUCAAGAUCGUGCCCGCGCAUGCCAAGUUGCAGGAUAGGUGCAGAUAUCUCAGAGAUUGGCGGAAACAACAUGAGCAGUUGGCUGUUAUGACGGGCCCGACGAAGGGCUUGAGUGCCGCCGGGAUGGAAGUUGGCGGCAUGGACAUGGAGGAAGAGGUUAAGGAGGCGUACGAAGUCAUGAAGCGCGUUGACGUUCUUGAUGUCUCAACCGAUGGAAGCGAGAUCUGGGUCGCUGCUGAGAACGCUUACAAUGAACGUGUUGCGAGGGUUGAAAACCAGAUCAUUGCUCGGUUGCGAGAUAGACUCGGGACUGCGCGAAAUGCGAAUGAGAUGUUCCGUGUUUUCUCGAAGUUCAACGCGCUCUUCGUUCGCCCGAAGAUUCGAGGAGCCAUUCAGGAAUAUCAGACGCAACUCAUCGACUCCGUCAAGGAGGAUAUCAAACGUUUGCACGACAAAUUCAAGACGCAAUACCGCUACUCAGAAGCGUACCACAUGUCCCAGAUGAGAGAUUUGCCACCAAUAUCAGGCGCAAUUAUCUGGGCUCGGCAGAUUGACCGGCAGCUCCAGACAUACAUGAAGCGCGUCGAAGACGUUCUCGGAAAGGGAUGGGAGCUCUACGCCGAAGGUCAGAAACUCCAAUCCGAGAGUGCAGCCUUCCGAAAGAAACUCGACACGCGACCUGUAUACGAGGCCUGGCUUCACGACAUUAACCGACGCGACAUGGGCGUUGGCGGACGACUGUUUGAAAUCGUGCGAUUGCGUGGAGGAGGAUUCCAGCUGGCUGUGAACUUCGACCCGCAGAUCAUCACUCUCUUUAAGGAAGUUAGGAAUCUUCUGUGGCAGAAUUUCCAGGUGCCACAUGCCAUAACGAACAUGGCGAAAGAUGCGAAGAGGGUAUACCCACACGCUGUUUCAUUGAUGGAGACCGUCAGGACAUAUGGUCAGACACUGGACCUCGUUGAGAAUAACAAAGGUAUCGAAUGGCUUGUUGCGGAAUACCGGAAUGAAGCACAGCGCAUGGUCGGAAAAGGCAUGAACAUUCGCUGGGACCAAUUUGUCAAUCAGUUUGAUGCCUCUCGAUAUGCGUCUGGAGCGGAUGCUCGUGAUCACCGACACAUUCAGUUCGUCCGUGAAUUUGCCAGUGUUGUCUCAAUACUGCAGGACAAGACCAACAACGUCAUUGACCUGUUCAAGGAUAUCAUGAGAGCCGUAGAAGACCUAGCAACCUGCUCUUACACUACGGAGGCCUUCACGGAGUUGCUGGGCAAGAUUCAGGCAGCUAUCGAUCGUCUGAAUUUGGAAGGUUAUGCUAAUCUUGAACACUGGGUUGCGGAACUCGACAAGCGGAUAGAAGGUAUCCUGCUUCAGCGUCUCACACAUAUCAUUCAAGUAUGGUGCUCAGAAUUUGACCGGACUGACGAUGGUGAUCGACGCGAGCCGCCUCCGCUCCGUGAUUUGACGCAUAAACGACGAGGGGGAAAGCUGGUCAAAGAAGAGAAGCACUUGGAGGGACAAAUGACUCUCAAGCCCAUUGUACACGAAAUUCGGAUACAGAAUCAGGUCAUCUUUUUGGAUCCACCAAUAGAAUAUGCUCGCCAGACUUGGAUUACCCAGCUUCACGAAUGGCUCGGUAUCGUGUGCCGACUGAGACGAAUUCAGAGUUCGCGAUAUGAGAUCGGGUUACAGAUGCAGGCCAGAGCAUCAGAAACAACGUAUACUUCCUUGCUAACACAGUUCCCUGAUGCUACGUUGGAACGACCAUUCGCACUCAUUGAGGGCAAAGUGCAACAGCUAAAGGAGUAUGUUGCCAAGUGGCUACAAUUCCAGUCACUUUGGGAUCUCGAGGCCGAAUACGUCUUCAACCGACUCGGUGACAACCUUGCUAAUUGGCAACAGCUUCUCACCGAGAUCAAGAAGGCUCGCUCGACUUUUGACACCUCGGAGACGCAGAAGUCUUUCGGCGUUUGCGUCAUCGACUAUGAGCAAGUGCAGGCCCGUGUGAAUGCCAAGUACGACUCAUGGCAGAAGGACAUUCUGAGUCGCUUUGGUGUAAAGUUGGGUAAUGCAAUGAAGGAUAUGCACGCCGCCAUCCUCAAAGCUCGGCAUGACCUCGAGCAUCAGUCAAUAGAGGGACUAGUGGGUGGUUCACGGCGGUUCUAGUACUUGAUAUAUCCUUUCGUUUGUUACAUUGGUUUCCUUUGCUACGUUGCAACUGCACACUCAACACUCAUUACACGUUUUAACGAUCUUUUCUCUUUGGCAUUAUUCCAUACCUCUGCAAUCUCAUAUGUAUCCUGGAUCAUUUUCGUUCAGCGUUGUGUUUACAUUGCAUUUGUACUCUUGUAAUCGUCUGUUUGGUAUACCCUAUGCUCGCAUAGACUAGUCCCAUAUAACAUCUACAUUCUAUGUUUUCGUCUUAUCUCAGAGAUUACUGAUGACUCUGUGCCCAGUACAGUUUAAGCCAGUUGUACCAUCAGGGCUUGCGGGGCAAGCUUCGUGUCAAGAUAGUUAACAUCUCUGUCCAAUGUUAUCCAGACGAUAAUGAGCCAAUCGACACUCACG